GCUUUUCACGGCUGAAGCAGAGCAGAGGGAACAGCCCAGACAAAGCAAACGAGAAACUUUCACGCUGCUAAUCGCCAGUCCUGUCCCACCAAGCAUGGAUUUAUAGAAGACAGCGGCGGUGCAGUAGAUUCAACACCUUUCUGAGGAGAUGAAAGCGAGUUUGGAGCGAAUUUAAAGUCCUGCUGAUGCUGAAUGGACGAGCUUAUUUUGGCUCUGCGGGUCUAUGAUGAAGCUUUAAAAUGCAACAGGAGUGGUAUCUGACCGCUGGUGACCCCUCCACGUGCUGUUAUAGUGAGGAUCUCUACCUCAGCACAGAGGACGCAGAGUAAAGCAGACAGCAUGGUACCCAACAAGUGGAUUAUGCAUCCAGUUCUUCUCAAAUCACCUCCCAGAGGCUGGCUUGGCAUCCGGCUACGUCUCAAUGAGAAGCCCGCUCAGGGUGAGGAGUGCGUGGUUUGUCAGCAUCCAGACUGCAGCAAGCGCCGUCAUGCCUCAAAGGUGUGUCAUCAUCCCGACUGUCAGGAACUGAACGGUAAAACCCCUCUGCACCUGUGCGAGUCAUGUGAUUCUCGCUGUCACCUAUAUGAGUCUGACACCAUGCACUUUGACAGGCAUCUGCGCUUCGACGUACAGCCACAAGGUUCUAUCCUGGCGCGGAAUGUGUCCACGCGUUCCUGUCCCCCUCGCACGAGCCCCCCUUCUGACCUGGAUGAAGAGGAAGAAGGAAGCACUGAACGAGGAGAACGUAAGACAGGAGGAAUGAAGGGAAAAAAGACCCGGCGACGCCACACUGACCCCAAGAAGGAGUGCUUCAGCCUCAAGUUUGACCUCAACAUAGACAUAGACACAGAGAUCGUCCCCGCUGUCAAAAAGAAGACAUUACGAGAGGUGCUCGGACCCAUUUUUGAGCGCAAGGGCAUUGAAUUAUCCCGAGUGGAUCUGUUCCUGGACCAGUCCAACACUCCACUCUCCCUCGACUUUGAGGCGUAUCGUUUCGGAGGGCAUUGCCUCAAAGUGAAAGCUCGGCCCGGCGAUGAGCUGAAGGUGGAGCAGAGCGUGAAGGAUCUGCGCUCUCUCAGUCUGCCCAACAUGAAGCCGUCAGGAGGGGGCAGCGUCUACAUCCUCACCCAGGGCAGUGAGAGGGCGGAGCAUGGGUCCCUGCCGCGCCCGGAGAGCGUUGACAUACUGGGUCAGGCCCGUCGGCGGAAGAACAUGACCGAGUUUCUGGGUGAUGCCAACAUCCCGUCCCCAGACACUCUGGCCAUGCUAGGCGGGUCUUUACCAAGCGUUCCUCCAGGAGGUUCGCUGCCCGGUGUGGCCACUGGACCGGACAAGUGGAAGAACCGCGCCACCAAUCGGAUCAGCGUGUUCUUCGGCGCCGGAUCUGGAAAGGAGGUGGACCGCGUGGAGCUGCUUCAUACGAAGCUGCAGGCGUACACACAGUUCGGUCUGCCCAAGGUUCCUUCUCAACUCGCCUUCCACCAGGAUUCCUGGGAGGAGGAAGAGGAGGAGCCCAACUUAACGCUCGAGGACAGCUGGAGGCAACUGCUGGAGGACCCUGAGAGUCUAAGUCGACGUCAGUUUCAACAGCAAGAGGCGAUAUGGGAACUGAUCCAAACCGAGGCUACGUACAUCAAGAAACUCAGGGUCAUCACUGAUCUGUUCCUGUGCGGCCUGCUGAAUCUUCAGGACAACAGUCUCCUGCUCGAGGUGGAGCCCGCUCGGCUCUUCAGCAACAUCCACGACAUUGUGCGUCUGCACUCCACGCUGUGGGUUCAAGCCAUGUUUCCGGUGCUGGAGAAAGCCCGAAGAACACGGAGCUUGAUCGACCCCGCGGACCUGGAGCAAGGGUUCAGUACGUUUGCAGCCCGGUUCAAGCCGUAUAUGCGGUACUGUAUGGAGGAGGAGAGCUGUAUGGAAUACAUGCGUUCACUGCUGAGAGACAACGAAAUCUUCAAGAUCUACAGCACGUGGGCUGAAACGAAUAAACAGUGUAACCGUCUGAAGCUAGCGGACAUGCUAGCCAAACCACACCAGAGACUAACCAAAUACCCUCUGCUCCUGAAGACCAUCCUGAAGAAAACUGAUGACCAAACCACCAAAGAAGCGCUCAACAACAUGGUGAAGUGUGUGGAGAGCUUCAUUAACAGUGUAGACUCUCAGAUGCGUCAGAAACAGGAGCAAGAGAAACUGGCUGCCAUUUCGGCUCGAGUGGAGUCAUACGAGGCUGUGGAGGGAGCUAGUGAGGAGGUGGAGCGGGCUCUGAGGGAGUUCAACCGAAUUGACCUGACGGCACCCAUGAUUGACACUUCACCAGAAGCGACCAGGCAACUGCACCUGGAGGGGGCGCUCCGCAUGAAAGAGGGCAAAGACGGCAGGAUGGAUGUUUACUGCUUCCUUUUCACUGACCUGCUGCUGAUCACUAAACCAGUGAAGCGUUUGGAGAAGGUGAAAGUGAUCCGACAGCCUCUCCUCCUGCAGAAUGUGGUGUGCAGAGAACUCAAAGACACAGGCUCGUUUGUCCUCAUCUACCUCAAUGAGUUCAAGAGCGCUGUGGCUGCCUACUCUUUCCAGGCCAACAGCGCCACCCAGGGCCGAAGUUGGACUGAUGCAAUUUGCAAUGUCCAGAAUCAGCUGCAGCGGUUGCGGUCAGAGGAAGCUCGCAGACAGAAGGCUUGUCUGAAGAAAAAACUACAGGAAGAUCAGGAGGAAGAUGAGGACAGCUGUAACUCCACAACUAGUUCACCUCAAUUUAUACACAAAGAUCAGAGCAACAGCCAAUCAGAUGGCUCCACAGAAACCCUGUCAGUGAUGGAUAUGGAUGAGUCUGGAUCGUCUCUGGAUCCUUCUCCUCUUCAGUCUGAGCUAGCUGGGCAUUCAGACCAGGAUGUCAGUCUGUCCCAGCUCACUGACUCUGGCGUCCCACAGCGGGACUUUGAGCCCCAUCCGGACAGUCAGGAGGGCUCAGACCUGGACCCACAGUGCCAUUCCAUGUCCAUGGACAGUGCUUAUGGGACACUCUCACCAGAGUCCAUAAUGGAAACCCAGAGUCGAGUGGCCCCUAUAGAAGAAGACGGCUCCAAGGAUGAAAAAGAGACGACGGCUGAUGAAGAUGAAGAGCUAGAAAACGCAGAAGAGGAAGACAAUCAGGAAGACAAAAGCUCAGUCGGAUCUCAGAACUCCGUGGCGCUUUCGCUAAAGCCCAAGCGCUGGCCGCCCGUCCAAUGUCGCCUGUCGUUUUUAGAGAGACUCGCCAACAAAUCCCAUUCUGAGGACAACCUGCUGUCCACAGUUCACCAUGAUAACAGUAACCACGGUGUCACCAGGGCAGCCACAGAGUGCACAGGAAGUCAGCACACAUGGGAACAGAGGGUUCAAUAUUUAGAAGCACCUCUCAGCAGGAGCCUGACGGAGCUCAACCCUGCCGAGUUGGGCGAGUGUCUCCCGACAGACCAAAGCCACAGUCUCACAUGCAGCUUGCCCUCGAGCAUGCUUUUGGACACAUUGAGACGAGCCAGAAUUGCACAUGAGGCUGGUAGCAACCAGAUUCCUUGCAGUGCAUCAGAUGGGGAGCUCUCGCCCCCUAGUGGCCCGGAUGGAACGGGCCGCUGUAAGAGACCCCAGCAGCACAAAAAACUCACACUGGCCCAAUUCUACAGGAUACGCACCACACUGGUGCUCAACUCAACGCUCACAGCCUCGUAA